GGUAAAUCAUUAAACUGAUCCGGAGUCGGUGAGCCGCCGAAACUUCGGUCGCUUGUGCGCAUGCGUCGUAAUGUGCCUCCCACAGGAAAGAUGGCGCCGGAGAAGUCUGCGCGAUUCUGUGCAGCGCUGUUGCUGAGUUUAUCUACGGCCUUCGCCCACGUCGAAGACCUGGAUGACACGUUUAAGGACAAUAGAGCAGAUGACAUCUGGUUGGUGAAAUUCUAUGCGCCCUGGUGUGGCUACUGCAGGAAACUGGAGCCAGUGUGGCAUGAAAUCGGGGCAGAGCUGAAGAGCUCAGGCUCGUCGAUCAAUGUGGGGAAGAUGGACGCCACAGCGUAUUCCGGCGUCGCCUCAGAGUUUGGAGUGCGUGGGUAUCCCACAAUUAAACUGUUGAAGGGCGAUCUCGCUUACAACUACAAGGGUCCCAGGACCAAGGAUGACAUCAUCGAGUUUUCAAACAGAGUAGCCGGGCCAGUGGUGAGGUCCCUUCCCAGCAGGCAGAUGUUCGAGCACAUCCUGGAUCGCCAUGACGUGGUCUUUGUUUAUAUCGGCGGGGAAUCGACCCUAAAGGAGAAGUACAUCGAGGUGGCUUCGGAGCUCAUUGUCUAUACUUACUUCUUCUCUGCGCUGGAGGACGCUGUUCCCCCUACCGUCACUCUGCAAGAGCUCCCUUCUGUCGCGGUGUUUAAGGACGGAAGCUACUUCCUGUAUGAUGCGUACCAGCACGGCGAGCUCUCCUCCUGGGUGAAUAAAGAGCGUUUCCGCGGUUACCUGGACAUCGACGCCUUCACCUUGUACGAGCUGGCGGAGACGGGGAAAUUGGUGGCAAUAGCAGUUGUGGACGAGAAGGUCCCCACAGAGGAGGGCGCCAGGAUCAAGAUGCUAAUGGAGAGAGUGGCAACAGAAUACAGAGAUCAGUUUAGCAGAGACUUCCAGUUUGGCCACAUGGAUGGGAACGACUACAUCAAUGGCCUCAUAAUGAGUGAGGUGCCAGUGCCGUCCAUCAUCGUGCUGAACACGUCCAACGAUCAGUACUUCCUUCCUCUGGAGCCAGUGGAGAGCCACGAGCAGAUGGUGGAGUUCAUUAACAGUGUGCUGGAUGGGACAGCCCAGGCUCAAGGUGGAGACAGUAUUUUUCAGCGGGUCAAGAGAGUGUUCUAUGAUGCCAGGUCCACUGUGAUGUCGGUGUUCCGCAGCUCGCCCCUGCUGGGCUGCUUCCUCUUUGGGCUGCCCCUGGGCAUAAUCAGCCUCAUGUGCUACGGGAUCUGCACCGCCGAGGCAGACGACGACAGCGAAGACUUGGAGCUACUGCGGAGGGAGGAGGAGGAAGAGGAGGAGGAAGAGCAGAGGCAGAGGGCGGAGCAGCAGGAGGCGGAGGAGGAACAGAGGCUGAGAGCGGAGCAGGAAGAGGAGGAGGAGGAGGAGCAGAGGCCGAGAGUGGAGGGGGGAGAGGACGACGAGGAAGAGGAGGAUGAGGAGGAAGAAGAGGAGGAGGAGGAGGAGGAAAAAAGUGCCAUGGACAAGAAGGUGGAUUAACAUUGAGCGUCAGACGGCCUCCAGGUGGAGGUGCUUCUGAUUUGGUGGUGUAGUACUUGAAAAUAUAUCAGUCUUCUCUUCAUUUAUGAACGUUUCCUAAUUCCCAUAAUUCCCUGCCCAUCCUUCCCAUAACUCCGGCCCUCACGGGGCUUUUAUUUUCCCAGUCAGGCAAUAGCACUGGGCACUUCUGACUGGUAAGAAUAGAGCACAUAGAGGGAGGCGUGGCCCCCGGCGUAGCACAGGGCCUGCGUGGCCCCUGGCGUAGCACAGGGCCUGCGUGGCCCCCAGUGCAAUAUGGAGCCGGUCAGCACUCUCCUGCACACGGGAGGCAGGCGAUGGGCACUAAUACUCGCUCCCCCCACAAGUCAUGGCCCCCCUAUAGACAUUGGACCCCCCCUACUGUAUCUGCUGCCUGGCAGGGAGCCGCUUACAUGCUGGUAUUCAUCUUCAUUAUUCCUGUUUUUUACUGGUCAGCCCUGAGAGUUUUUUGUUUUGCUGCCACAAUAAGAGUUGCGUACACUACAACACGUCGCUGUUACAUCGUAGGUGAUGGUUUGGGGUUAGGGUUUUCAUGGGUGGCUUUGCUUUUUUUAUCAUGGUCGUGUCCCUCAGCAGUAUUAAGCAGAAACCGCUCACCCGUUCACUUAUCGAAAUGCAGCGUUUAGCGGACGGACGGUUCGCUGCUCUCAUCAUGCACUGGAUGGGAAGAUAAUUCCAGCUGAUUGUUCAGAUCUGUUCAGGAAUAGACAGGUGCUUCUCCGAGACUUCCACUUUGUCCGCCAAUCUGCUGUUUUGCCGUACAUCAGGUCGUUCCCGAAGGUCUGUGAGACAGUCAGAUUCACAUAUGUGCUUCUGGCUAUAUCUACCCUAUUCUUAUAGGAUGACCUUAUGUUUCACAUAUUAUGUUUAUCUUUCAUUAAGGUGGUAGAGUAAGAGUGGUGGUCUCUGGGAUGUAGGGGAUUCCCACAAGUAGGGGAUUCCCACACUCUGCAAGUUCUACAGAACUACACCUGAAAUUCCCAAUGGGGUAGUUUGAGUUAUUGAUUUCUUUAAGAGUUGAGGUUGGACAGAGAGAAAGCACAUCUGGAAUCCUUAAGCCCUGUGGUUUCACACACUAUUAGCUGAUCCACACAAAACUCACACCAUCAACCACAGUGAUGACGUCAGGGAUCACAGGUCCAAUCGAUAGCAUUGAUUUGCUUUGUGUCUGACUUUGGAUGGUAACCCAUGGAGAUGAACACCAAAAAUAAAUGUCUUUUGAACAGAUGAAA